CGAGAGGCCGCACCUUCCAGAGGCCGCGUGGUCGAAACACGCGCGCGCACGCUGCUAUCAAGGCGGCCAGAAAGUCAGAGAAAGAAAGAGAAAGAGAAAGAAAGAGAGAGGGUCGGAAAGAGAGAGGGAGAGAAAGAGGAGGAAUAGUUAAAGUCCGCGUGCUGCAACGUGGUGCGACGGCUGGGUUUCCGUGGGUGCGUCCUGCGGGUGUUUUCGCGACCGCGUCCGGAUCGAUACCGUCGGGGAAUCUGGAGCGCAACGGCUAGUCUCGGCUGGUCCGCCUCUAGGUCGAAGGAAUCGACGGAAGGGGGUUGCAGGGGGCCGAAGGGAGCCGCGAGGGAGGGAAACGAAGAAAGUGGCGCCGAUCAGGCGGCCGGCCGGCCGGCUGGUACCUUGGUGCACGCGAGCCUGGGGCUCUCGGCGACGGAAGUCGACGUCCUCGCGGACCGGAAGUCGACGAGGACGCGCCGCCUGCGACCGUGAAACGCCUCGCUGGCAAGUCCCAGGGAAAACGGGGUCAUCCGAGACGUGCAGAAUUCCGGAGGAACCAGCGAAUCGAAUUAUUGUUGAGAGAAACGUACCGACGUGAAAGCGGGGAUCGUGGUUCAGUGAUCGGAGACCCGGCCAGCAGCAAGAUAAAUCAGCGAUCGUGGAUCGGAGGAGACUGACGAGAGGGAAAGUCGAAGACUCCGCGAAUAGAAGAUGACGCGAUGCGACCGACAGUGCGCACAGUGACGGAGCAUCGCUGGAACGGACGAUGAGAUUGUCGUCGACGCAUCGCUGGACACCGUGGGAACGGCUGGAUUCUUAUCGACGAUGACCUCGAGAUCGAGAAAUCAAGAUCGGAUUUAGAUCGGACUUACAACUAAAGCCGCUGGAAUUAUACUUGGAUCGAAGCGAGCCGCGAAUACCAUAGCAAUCGGCGGAUAGGCGCGGCCGAAGCGUUGCGGCAUCGAUGGCUUUACGACCUGCCGAUCGAUCUUUUUGGAUAGAUUUAUUCUAGAAGGUUGUAAAUCGAGCCGAUAUAUACCGAAAAAUAUCGGGAAAGCUACAGGUUCGCGGAGAAGCGAUUCGAAGCGAGCGGAAGCGACCUGCGGAAGAGUCUUUGGGAUCCGUCGGUAGCCGACGAAACACGAGUGAAAAUCGAGACAUAGCCAGUGCCGUAGUCCUGGGGGCCCAGGGUAUAGGUGCGGCGUAUUAAUAGCCCGCGAUACGUCGUUGGUGGGGGGACGUCGUUCGCUCGCGGGUGAAAAUAGAAAAGAAUGUUUUUGGAAUCCAAUUGGACUUGGUUGGUCGAACGAUGGGGCAAUAUGGCCGACUUGGCCGAGCGGGUGGACGAUCUGAUAUGCAGUUUCGACUCGGCUGGUGACACGACCAUGGAUACGUUAUCGAUGUUAAUAUUCGGCUGGAUGUUGUUCGGGCUGGUGGUGUUGUGUGUCGGCAAAUACGUUUACAAUCGGUUCGUUUUAAACGAGGUCGCCUCCGGUACGAUAAUUGCCGCGAAGGACGGCCAUAUCGUUCACGGUGAUAGCGUUGGUGUCGGUGGUGGUGGUGGCGGUGGCGGCGGCGGUGGUGGCGGUAUCUUCGGCGGCAGCAAGUUGCUCUCGCUGGGAAAGCAGAAACCAGCAUCGGGCUCGAGCGGAUCGUCAAGCGGAAAGUCCCCCGCACCGUCUGGGGCAGGUGGUGGCGGUACCGGUUCCGCUUCCGGAUCCGCCAGCCACCCGUCCGCACCUGUCUCCGCACCUUCCGGAUCCCCCACGUCUUACGUCCCGCCGACCCCACCUGUUCGAAAGCGCCUUACCGCCAGAAAGACUUCCGGUGCCCUGAUUAGCCCCGCCAGAAGCUCCAAGAGCUUGAACCUACCGACUGCGACCGGCGCCGAUCCGGAUGCGGUGCGCUGGAUCAAUGAGAUCAUCGUCUGGCUCUACACCGAUCCCGCGAUCCUCGACGAGGUGCUGUCGGUCUGGGUGGGAUCCCUGAACCAGUUCACCGCCAACUCCGUCGACGAGCAUGGGGUUGGUGUUGAAUUUAUCCGGGUUCUCCCUGAAACCUAUCCACCCAAUCUCUCCAAUAUAUUUUGCGAAUGCGACUCGAAGGAUGACGUGACGAUCACAUGCGACUGCGAAGCUACACCCGCUCUGCAGCUGAAAGCUUUUCGUCGCAAGUCGGACAAGCUGGAGGUCAGCCACUAUCGCGUCAACGUAAACCGUUUCCGCGCCCGGCUGCACGUCAUCUGCAUUACAGAGAAGCUUCUUCUUGACCUGAAAUGCGACGGCUGGCCAGAGGUGAAAGUAUCGCUGGCGGCUGUGGGAACGAUCAAGAAGGACCUCGACGAAAGCCACUUGCAAGAGGUCGUUACGGAAAUUGUCGUCGGCGCUCUAAGAGGGACCAAUGUUCAUCUGAACCUGUUCCAGUACCCCAAUUGCCCGCGACUAUGGAGGGAACAAGCAUCCAGCCUGCCCGGUUUUUCCGUGCCGGUGCACUACGACAGCAUGAGCACGUCCAGCGGCUCGUUGCAGGCCCAGCAGAUGCGGCAGCAACAAAUGCGGACCCGUACACCGACUCCGGCGCAGAGUCAGUACGUGUCAGGUGAGAAGAGGUUGUUAGUGAAAGUGGUGAGAGCGUCGGAGCUCGGUGGCGAGCAAGGUGCCAUAGAACCGUACUGUGUGGUCGAGCUGGACGAGCCACCGCAAAAAAAUCAGACCUCGGUGAAAAAGGAUACCCGGAACCCAUUGUGGGACGAGGCGUUCCUGUUCGACGUGAAUCGUAACACCACCGAGGUCUUAUUGGAAAUCUACGACCGCGUGAACAAGUCUCAGCGGUUCCUCGGCCUUGGAAUCGUCGGGGUCGACGAGCUGCUCGCGAAUCCUAGUCAGAGGCAGAUCAUACCUCUCCAGUGUCGGCCUUAUGAAGAAGAGGACAUCACUGGCACCUUGACCGUCGAGUUUCUGUUCAUCGAGGGUGCAGAGGUGCCUCAAAUUGGGAGCAAACCUUUCAAAGUGAAGGAGACGCUAAAGGCGGUGUCACCGACUCCUCGUACCUACAAUCCGACAAAUCUCAUCAGCGACAAUAGUCUAAAUUACAACAAUGGUAACAGCACACUUAUCUUGUACGACUCUACCGUUCAGUCCGAUGGGGAUUAUCUGACCAAUGGGAACGUCAUGGAGUCGCCCUACAGAACUGGCCAGAGUAACGGGAACAAGGGGACCCUGAUCGUCCACAGCCAGCAGAGGCAACCGGAGCGGCAAGUAGUUAAGGUCGCCCUCACGGAACACGGCAGCUGGCAAGAGAUAUCUCCAGAGCAUGGAACGAAAGACACGAGCGCGACGUCAGGACCAGAAAGCACGCCGAAUUCCUCCAAUUCCGAAGAAAGAGGAAGGACUCGAAGAAAACGGCGAGACUUCUUCGGCACCAUAAAGAAGCGACUGACGAGAUCGAAAACAAGGAGUAGGUCCGUGGGUCCGGAAGGUGAUUUAAAUCACGAAGACCCUCAUUCUAGAUCCAUAUCCGCGGACAGAGCACGCGAUCCUGGAUCCGCUCGUUUAUCGAUACCAGGAAGGGAAGAGCACUCGAGGCGGUCCAGUCUGAGCGAAGCUUCUGGUAUAAGCGGAGCGUCGACGAGGACGUACAUCAACGAAGCCUCCACGCUGGUUCUCGAGACGGUUGAGAACGGUAUCAAAAAGCACUAUUUGGUACCUCUAUCGCUAGCACAGAAGAACAAGUGGAGGAAAAAGGGCACCAAACUUCACAUAUUCAACGAUCACACGUUCAUAGCGAAACACAUGGCGGGGGGAACGGUAUGCGAAGUCUGCAAACGAACGCUAGCGAGACGGUUGGGCAAACAAGGCUACGAGUGUAGGGACUGUCAGAUGAAGUGUCACAAGCACUGUCACGUCAAGGUGGACACUACUUGUCCCACGUCCACCAUACAGAACAUCGAACUAACGUGUAUAAAAGCUCCAUGUCUCGAACGAAUACCAUCCAGCCAGCUCUGCUGAUCAGGAGCGAGCCGAGCGGAUGUUCGACGGACGUCAGCUGUUUCAUCGGAGCCAGCGUAACCAGCGUCGUCAUUUUGCCCUGAAAUUGUUGUUCGAAUCGCUUCGUUGAUGACCGUUCGUAUUUAAAAAAAAAAAAGCAAUCUUGCGCCGCGCUUGAACGCACGAUCACCGUUAGGCCGUUGCUUGCCGGAGCAACGGGACGAGCCACGCGCAACCAGAUCAGAAUGAUACGAUCAUUCGCAAAUGGAGGAGCGUCUCGUUUGCAGCGCUUCCGAAACACCGGCACGAACGAACGAAGAGAAUAGUAAUUGAAACGAAACGCAAACGAAACGAAACGGAGCGAACAGAAUGGAAGAGAAUCACGCGGAUAUAAUCGAUACAGCAGCACUUAACUCUAUCGACGAACGAGAUAAUCAUAUUUUUACAUACCUCUUUCGCCUUGGUCUUCGAAUCGAGGCAGUCGAAAACGUAGUAGCGGCGGAUCAUUGAUCAUUAGACUGCGGUUAUUUACGCGUACUCCCAUUUUUCUCGAUUAUAUGAUAAUUAAAACCAAGGGGAACGUAUUUCUUUCGUCGGCUAAAAGAUCGUUAAGAGUCAAAUAAAAAAUGUCAUGCGUUUCCCUGCACUUUUGACACGUGUGGACGAAGUAAAGAUCCGCAGUCUACCGGCGACCGAUCGUCCGCCCGGGAUUCUAGAUUCUAGAUUGACGCGUUCUCACUCGAAUUUUUAUGCAGUUUUUUACGCUUCGACGAACGUAUCCUUUUCCAUUCUACAUUAAGGCUCGAUUUUCUAACGAUUCCAAGCUUCACGCUUAUAACGUCGUGUCUCGCGUAUACUCUUUCCCCCUUCUCGUCGAUGUCGUUUCUCCGUCGAUCGCGAUCUCCGUUCCUUGCUCUCAAUCUCAUUCGUGUCCGAGAAGAGGCAAGCGAGGCUCGCGGGCGAUCGGGAAACGAGAUUCGCGAAGAAACCGUGAAAAUCGAACGCGUCGACGACACACAGUGCCUCUACGCGCGAAAGCUUCUACAUUUCGGCUGAAAAAUAAUGUUACCAAGAUCUAUAAUGCUAAUUGCCUCGGCGAUAACGAUCGACGAGGAUCGAGGGUGCGUCGCGUUUGCGAUCACCGACGAUGGGAUAGAAACGGAGGAAAGAAAACUUGUUACGGUUUAUGAUAACGAUAGCAAUAUUGUGUUAUAAUAAGAAAAAUAAUAUAUUACAUUAUGAUUCUACGUUGA